AUGGACGGGGACAUACCCGACCUAGCUGAUUGGUGGUCGUGGAAGGCACAUGUCUGCAGUAGUGCACGACUUAACAUUUCAGAUGAUUUGAAGGUCAGCUUUUUCAGCACAGACCAUGCUACUCAAAUGGAUUCCAGUGAAAUUUUGCCACUAAAAGAAUUGAGUUCAUCUACACAAAAGCUUGUGCAGAUUGUUAAGUCUCUUCAGGUGGAUUUUGGGUUCCUCAAACAAUUGCUUCAGUCGAAGUUUAAGGACCGUCUGAAAGAGGAGUCUUUCAAUCUCUUCACUGUUCUUCAUGACCGGAUCCUAACCAUCGAAAAACAUUACUAACAGAAUGAGGAUAACUUAAGAAAAUGCUACAAUCAGCAGUUGGCCGAUGCCAUAGCUGUUAUCAAAGGAAUAUACAAGCAUUUCUUUGAGGUGGAAGAAGAGAAGACUUCUCCACAAGACUCAGCUUCUGUCAAAAUAAAUAUUUUGCUAAGAAAACUGAAGGAGAGAGGAGAAAUUAUUAAGGAAUUAUGGGAAGAACUAGACCAAUGUGAGGAAUCUGGAUCUCAAAAACUUGACUCUUUUGCCAAAGAGAUCAGCCCUCUAAAAGCAACCCCAGAAAGAGAAAAUUUGGAGUACAAAAUGGAAAAUGAGAGACUGCUUCAAGUCAUUUCAAAACUCGAAGAAGAAAUACAACUCAAUCUAAAAGAAAAUUCAGUCUUAGAAAAUGAAAUUAUAAGUCUGAAAGAGAUGGCAAAAAAGGAUCAUAAAACUAUUCAAAAGCUAACUGGUGGUAGGGAAAGAUUAUUAUAUGAACUUGAUUUGGAAAAAUCAUUAGUUCAAGAUAUGAGCCCGAGACUAGAGAAAGCGAAAGAAGUGGCCUUGUCCCCGUGGCUCUCACAGCCAAGGAUUCCACCCCAGAGUGGACCCAUUUUGAAGCCAUAUUCUUCCUCCAUCAGUUUACUGCCCACUAAGACCAAAAAAGUGAAGACUCCAAAGCAGCCUUCAAAGGAAGAGGGCCCUGUGACUAAAGACAAACAUGUUUUGGAGAAGCAAAUAGAAAUAUUAAAGGCUGAGCUAGAGGAUGAGAAAAAGAAGACAAAAAGAUUUAAGAAGGAAUUAGAACAUAUAGGCAAAACCUGGGAUAAGAAAUUCUUUAUUCUCAGGAAAAGCUUCCAUGCCCUUAAGGAUGAGAUGUUUACAAGGCACACAUUGUAUCGCCAGUAUGCUGUGCUUGCUGACACAUCCUUCAAUUAUACUGCCCUGGAGAUCUUAUAUGACAGUCACUCUGCUAGACUCUGA